AUGACUGAUGACCCUGCAUCAAUACUUACUCCCCACCUUCCAAUUUCUGCCAUGGAUGAACACUAUGACAUAAAUGCAGCUAAAACAUCUCUGGAAAAAAUGUCCAAAGAAUGCAUGCCAAACCAUCUUCAGCUCUGCAAGUUUGACAUGGAGGAGGGGCUGCAUCGUUUUGUACAGCCUACAUAUACUGAAUAUCCUCGAUGCUGGAAGCUGACUUACUUGGACAACAAUGGUGGAAUUGAAAAAGUUGUCUUGCGAGUCCAGGGUGUUAUAACUGGCAGCACCAUGCCUCCUAUUAAGUGGCCAUUCAAGAUCGAACCCUGUCAGCAGGCAUACUUCUGCCAGUCAGCAGCCUUGACAGGUUUUGGAUCGGAAUCCUUUGCUGAUGCAAUAAGAUGCAUUGAAGAAAUCCAUAAUAUUUUUGCUUGCCAUUUUCCUGAAGGAUCUCUUGAACUGUGGAAUGCUUCAAGCAGUGCUGGGUAUCUUACUAUCGAUAUGGCAAACCGCUAUUUCACUCCUCACUCUCAGGCAUCUCCAGACCAAAUCAUCUCCUUCUCUUUUGCCAUUGAUCCUGAUGGCAUUCUUGCAGCAUGCACUACUGAUGGAACUCUGGUCCACACCAAAGAUAAUUCUGUGGAGUAUUAUGAGCGCUAUCAGGAGGGUGAAAAACAACGAUACGAGGCCAUCGAUCCAAUCAAGUUUCAUAUAGGAGAUAUAGCAGAGGCUCAAGUAUCCUUUGUAGUCAUUCGUUUAAAGGAGCAGAAGUACAAGAUGCUCAUAGUUAUGCGGGCAUUGACCUUGCUUGAUAGCUCACCACUCCAGAAUGCCACCAUUGCCCAAAAUCGAGUCAAGAACCAGAGCAUAAUAUCAGCCACACUUAAACGGAAAGUAGGAUAUCAGGAUGAGGAGGUCAAGGAGACGGAGAGUAAGAUUUGGCGGAUGAGAAUUGAGUAG